ACUAAAGACAUUCGUCUUCAUUAACUCAGUCCUCUUUCACAGCAACAUUACAUUACUUUCACUCACACUUCAUCACUACAAGCCAAUCCUCUCUUAGCUUUCCUCUCUCUCUCUCUCUCUCUCUCUCUCUCACAGCAUUCCCUUCAGCCACUAAGAAGAAAUGGCCGAAGCAAUCCUCUUUGGUCUUGCUCAGAAAAUGAUUGAAAAUCUGGGCUCUCAGACUUUCCAAGAGUUUGGAUCACUCUGGGGUGUCGAAGGUGAGCUUGAAAAACUCAAGGACACUGUUUCCACAAUCCAAGCUGUACUUCAGGAUGCAGCGGAGCAGCAAAGUCAUAACCAUCAAGUCAAGCACUGGCUCGAAAAGCUCAACGAUGCAGUUUAUGACGCAGAUGACCUGUUGAGUGAGUUCUCAACUGAAGCUACAAGGCGAAGCAUGGUGAGUAAGAAUAAAGUUGCAAAAGAGGUACGCACUUGCUUUUCAUGUUCAAACCCACUUGCUUUUCGUUAUAAGAUGAGUCGUAAAAUAAAGGCAAUGAGGCAAAAACUAAAUGCGGUAGCAGAAAACAGGAAAAACUUUCACCUGAAAGAAUUCCAUGGAGAGACAAAUGUUGUGAGAAGGAAGAGGGAUCCAACUCACUCAUUUGUACGUGAAGAAAAAGUUAUUGGGAGGGAAGAUGAUAGAAAGGCUAUCAUAGGCCUAUUAUUUGACUCUAAUGUAGAAGAGAAUGUUUCGGUCAUUCCCAUUGUGGGGAUCGGGGGCUUAGGGAAGACAACACUUGCUCAAUAUGUGUAUAAUGAUGAGAAAGUCCAAAAUUAUUUUGAGUUAAAAAUGUGGGUAUGCAUUUCCGAUGUCUUUGAGUUGAAAAUAAUUAUUGAAAAGAUAACAGGUAAUGCACCUGGAAAUCUGGAAAUGGAUGAAUUGCAAAGGCAACUUCGUCAAAAAAUUGAUCAAAAAAAAUACUUACUAGUAUUGGAUGAUGUAUGGAAUGAAGACCGUGGAAAAUGGCUAAACUUGAUAGAUAUUUUAAUGGGUGGUUCAAAAGGAAGUAAGAUUAUAAUAACCACUCGUAGUAGAUUGGUUGCAAGGAUUACAAACACAGUUUCACCAUAUAUUCUUAAAGGUCUCUCCGAAGAUCGGUCAUGGUUUUUAUUUGAGCAAGUGGCAUUUAGUAAAGGGCAAGUGACCAAUAAUCCUACAUUAGUUACAAUUGGAAGGGAGAUUGUAAAAAUAUGUCAAGGGGUACCCCUUGCCAUAAUGUCCAUAGGACAUGUGUUAUAUUGUAAGGAAACAGAAUCUGAAUGGUUACUCGUGAAGAAUAAUUUACUAGCAAAUUUAAUUGAAGGAAAUGAGAUUUUUCCAAUUUUAAAGUUGAGUUAUGAUAAUCUCCCAUCACAUUUAAAGAGUUGUUUUGCUUAUUGCUCUUUGUUUCCCAAAGAUUAUGAGAUGGAUAAGGAAACAGUGAUACAACUAUGGAUAGCACAAGGGUUUGUCCAAUCAUCAAACAGAAAUCAACAAUUAGAGGAUGUUGGUGAUGAGUAUUUCAAGGAUUUACUUUGGAGGUCAUUCUUUGAGGAAAUAAAUGAAUAUGGAGACCUAAAAUACAAGAUGCAUGAUUUAAUUCAUGAUCUUGCGGAAGCUGUUGCAGGCGAGGAGUGCAAGCUUGUUAGUUUUGAUGGCAAAGAUAUUAAUGAAAAAAAUCGUCAUGUAUCAUGUCCAUUUUAUAUUAACCCAUCUUUUACGGAAACUUUAAGCUUGUUGGUUAAAGCAAUCAAGGUACGUACAUUUCUUCUGACAUGUAGUCGGAGGUACUCCGGUGCCUUGGAGGAGUCAAUGUUGAAUACAAUUAUUUUGAGUUUCAAGAGCUUGUGUGCAUUAGAUUUACAUGCAUUGAAGAUUACAUCAAUACCAAAUUCUAUAGGGAAGUUAAUACAUCUAAAGUAUCUUGAUGUUUCUUUUAAUAAGGAUAUUGAAACUCUCCCUGACUCAAUUACUACAUUGUUGAAUUUGCAAGUACUAAAACUUUAUGACUGUAAAGGUCUUAAAGAAUUACCCAAAAACUUUAGAAACUUGGUUAACCUCAAACAUCUUUAUAAUCAUGGUUGUGAUAAUUUGAGUCAUAUGCCAUGUGGAUUAGGGCAAAUGACUUCACUUCAAACAUUACCAAUAUUCAUUGUGAGCACCUCCUCCGACAUUGGUGGAUUAGGCGAAUUGAAGGACCUAAAAAACCUGCGAGGAACAUUAGAGAUCUCACAUUUGGAAAGGUUGGAAGAAACUAACUCAGAAUCCAUUGUUGUGAAUUUAAGGGAGAAGCAACAUCUUGAAAAAUUGAUAUUAAAAUGGUAUCAUCAAGAUCAAGUAGGUAAUAAUGAAGAUGUGAAGUUAUUAGAAGACCUCCAGCCACACGAAAAUCUCAAAUAUUUGGAAGUGUAUCAGUAUAAGGGUGUGAAAUUUUCAAGUUGGAUCUCUUCUCUCAUAAAUCUUGUUGAUUUAAGUAUAGAGAGUUGUAAGAGAUGCCGAUAUCUGCCACCAUUGUCUCAUCUCCCCUCUUUAAAAUCUCUAAGCCUUGAUACGAUGAAUGAUUUGGAGUACAUAUCCGAUAAAGAUAUGAGUAAAGAGGUGCCUGCUUCAUCCACAACAUUAUCAACAACGUUCUUCCCAUCUCUAAAGUCACUCACAAUAAUUGCAUGUCCUAAUUUGAAGGGAUGGUGGGGGAGAACAGAUCAUCAACAAGAUCAGUCUCACAACUCACUGCCUUUAUUUCCUCUUCUUUCUUCUUUGUGGAUUAGUAAUUGCCCUGAAAUGACUUCCAUGCCCCUGUUUCCCAAUCUCGAAGAAUCUCUAUAUUUAGAGAAUGUCAGUUUGAAGCCUUUGCAAGAGACAAUGUCAGUUUCCUCCUCUUCAUUAUCCUCUUCUUCUCCUCUCUCCAAAUUAAAUGAGAUGCAAUUGGAUUCUAUAGAAGAUAUAGAGUCUCUUCCGGCUGAGUGGGCACUACAUUCUCUCAAACAACUAUAUAUUCAGAAUUGCCCUAGACUAACAUCUAUGUCUGGAGCGGUGCGUAAUCUCACCUCCCUCUGUUCGCUAUCAAUUGUCAAUUGCGAGGAGUUCGAUCCAUUCAGAGACAUGCAUGAUGAUGGCAUGGAAUGGCGAUGCCUCAUUUGUCUCCGUGAUUUACGUUUCGAAGGUAUUCCGAAACUGAAGUCUCUCCCUGUGGGUCUUCAAUGUAUUUCCACCCUAAAAGAGCUCAUCAUUUCAAACUGUCCAAAUUUAAUGACUUUGCCGGAACUCACCUCACUUGAAUCUCUUUGGAUUCAGGGAUGCGAGCCUAAUCUGACAUCACUUCUUGAGAUUAGUUGUCUCACUUCUUUACGGUGGCUGGCAAUUUCAGACUUUCCCAAUUUGAUUACUUUCCCCGAAUCAAUUAGGAAUCCAAUCUCACUUGAAAGCCUUACCAUUUGGAGAUGUCCCAAUCUCACAACACUACCCGAUGAUGGUUUUCUCAAGUCUUUACGAAAACUGCAUAUAUGUCCUCAGUUAGCUGAAAAAUACAAAAAUAAAAUCGAAAAGGAUUUCCCUAAUUUGGAAAUCAGAGGGUUAUGAGACCACAGCAGCAAACGGCUCUACAUCGUCAUCGUCAACGGCCACUCCCCUCGUUCACUUGAAUGAAUCAGAAUGAAAGGAGGUGUAUGUAUCUGGGCAUAUUCAGAACCAUAUGAAAAAGUGCAACAAGUCAACAGCUAAGGCGAAGUAUACUCGGGAAGGCAGUACUCAAUUUCAAGCCCUUAACUUCUUUAAAAAAGCUACACUCUCUUGUUGUUUGAUGGUCAGGGUAAGCAUUGGGAACCCCAAUUUCUUUCUUCGGAGCCGUUUCUUUUCCUGUCCCCUGCCCUGGCAUGGUGCUUUGCUUCCGGUUCUUCGGAAAAAACAACUGACUUCCACACUUGUCAUAUAUUCCAUACAUCACACUAAAUAGAUUGAAGUCUGGCACUUGUUGAUAUUUUGAUAACAUCUGGUGGGAGAUCAUUAUUUGACAACCACCAUCUAGGAAGCGGUUUUAUAUUCAGGCAGAAAUUAGAGGGAAAUGGUCCAAGACUGCUUGAAUCCUUAAUUGAAUGUAUUUUAGAAGGAUGUUCUGGUCCACUAUUACUACAGUAUGUGGAAUAUAAAAACAGACCAGAAUUUGUGAUCUCCAAAGCGAGUCGAUACUCCAAUUAUGUAGUUUGGCAUGGAUAAAGAUCACAACUAAGUGUUAACAGAAGGGUUGUUCCAUUUCAAGAAUGGCUUCAUUAUGCUCGCAGCUGAUUCCUUGGAUAUUUGACAACUUUUUAAUGAAGCUAUUGAAAAUUUUCAACCUAAACAGGAACUUUGAAUUUGGAAACAGACAGUUUUUAGUGAAUUUACAGCAACUACAAGAAGAUAAAUAGGUUGAAUCAGAUGAAGACUGUACCUUGGUGUUAGCAACAAGAUUACUGCCUAUCUUCAGUUAAAGUUCAAUUUCAGGGUGACUGGUUCUUAGACUUUUCAGCCACCCUUUGUGAAACCUAAGCUGAUUGCAAACAUUUAUCUUAGUGUAAUUGUUUCAAUAACAAAACAAGCUUGUGAUGAAUUUUUUUUUUUUUUUAAUGCUUUUCAAAUUGGAACCCUUUUACCAAUAUACAUAACUGUACUUUAAAGCAUCCAUAUGAACUUAAUUAUAAGAACUAUCUUGAGAAAUAUUUUAUAGGGAUUAAACAUCUAGAAUAGGCCAAUUAUCAAGAAGAAUCAGAUAAUCUGAAGAAAUUUCUGUGGAAAUCUGAUGAUGGGAUGUAUUGCUUGGAUAGUUUCAGGAUUUGAGAAGCUGAUGCAGCUAAGUUCUUGAGGCUGGAGAUGGAGUAUUUGAGGUACGUCCUACCUUGGCCGACACUCAUCUAGGAGGUGAUGAUUUCAACAAGGGAAUAAACUUUAAGAAAGAUGAAGGCAUAGAUCUUUUGAAUGACAGGCAAGCUCUACAACGUCUCAUAGAGACUGCUGAGAAAGCGAAGAUGGAGCUGUCAUCUCUGACUCAAACCAAUAAUAUUAGGUAUGUGGCUGUUUCUAUGCCUUCUUUCUUUAAGUUGAUCUCUCUCUCUUUGCCAUAAUCACAGAGAAAAACGUUUGCUUUUCCACUUUACCUUUCGUUAUCGCCAUUCGAAUGGCCCAAAACACAUUGACACCACGCUGACUAGUGUCAAAUUUGAAGAACUAUGUUCAGAUUUGUUAGACAGUCUAAUUGCGUGCUUAAGUUCACUGGAUUACAACUCAUAAGCUUUGAGCACCAGUUGAAACUUCCUUGAGAGAUGCAAAGCUUUCCAAAGAUAUGGAUGUAAUUCAACUUGUAUCCCAGCUGUUUAGGAGCUGAAAAAUAUGGAUGAAGUUUUUGUUCUUGGGGCUGUAGUUCAGAAGGACUUGAAACUUUGGGUGGUGUCAACUUCACCAACUUCCAAAUCAGAGGUGUUCUCCACCGCAGCAGAUGGACAGACCAAUGAAGAGAUUAAUGUCUAUCAGGGUGAGAGAGAGUUUGUGAGGGACAACCAGUGCUAGCGCCAUGCCAAGUGAUGGGGUGGAUAGGAUGGUUAAAGAAGCUGAAAAUUUUGCAAAAGGAAGACAAGGAAAAGAGGGAUGCCAUAGACACAAGGAAUCUAGCUGACUCAGUUUUGUACCAAACUAGAAGCAACUAAAAGAGCUGGGAGACAAUGUUCUUAGCUAGACAAGGAGAAUGUAGAGGCUAAAGUGAAUGAGGUCAUGGAUGCCAUCUUUGGUGGUUCUACCCAAGCCAUUAAAGAUGCAAUGGCUGUCCUGAAUCAAGAAAUUAUGUAACUGCGGUAGUCAAUGUUAAUGUGAAUUUGAAUUGGUUCAGAACCUUAGGAACAAGUACAACGAGUCCAUGGCUUAGGGUAAUAUCAAUAACAUUCUGGUGACAACUACCCUCUAGGAAGCUGUUUUAUAUUCAGAAGCGCUGUGAUGGAUUUUACUUCAAGCACACUAUUUGGAUACAAAGAUAGGAUCAAUAAAAUGAAAAUAUAGAGUCUACUUGCCUGCUUAAGUUCACUGGAUUACAACUGCAAUUAACAUUCUCAUAGGCUUUGAGCACCAGUUGAAACUUCCUUAAGAGAUACAAAGCUUUACUUCAAAGAUAUCGAUGAGAAUGAAAGGAUGUGUAUAUAUUAGAGGCAUAUUCAGAACCAUAUGAACAAGUGCAACAAGUCAACAGCUAAGACUGGUGUUUUUUAGCUGGAGAAGUUAUUGACAUUGUGCUCUUGGAUGUCUCACCGUGGAAGGACUUGAAACUUUGGGUGGUGUAAUGACAAAGAUUAUCCCAAGGAACACAACUUCACCGACUUUCAAAUCAGCAGAGGUGUUCUCCAGCACAGCAGAUGGACAGAUCAGUGAAGAGAUUAAUGUCUAUCAGGGUGAAAGAGAGGUAUUUAUCUCUCUGAAAAAAGGGUGAGAGAGAGAUCAUGAGGGACAACAAAUCCCUUGGAAGCUUGUGCUUAAGACACCAAAACAGGUGCUAGCACCAUCACACCAUGGCAAGUGAUGAGGUGGAUAGGAUGGUUAAAGAAGCUGAAAAUUUUGCAAAAGGAAGACAAGGAAAAGAGGGAUGCUGUAGACACAAAGAAUCAAGCUGACUCAGUUUUGUACCAAACUAGAAGCAACUAAAAGAGCUGGAAGAAAAUGUUCCUAGCUAGACAAGGAGAAUGUAGAGGCUAAAAGGUCAUGGAUGCCAUCUCUGGUGGUUCUACCCAAGCCAUUAAAGAUGCAAUGGCUGUCCUGAAUCAGGAAAUUAUGUAACUGUGGUAGUCAAUGUUGAUGUUUAGCUUUUAUCGGAUUGACUUCUUUGCAUGGACGGCCACUAUUGUGUAGCCUUGAAUUAUGUUAUAGUUGAGAGAGAACUCUUUGAUAUAGAGUUA